GCCGAGAAGGUCGUCGUGGUCGUACUGGCCGUGGUGUUUUUCCUGUGGUCGACCAGGAAGGCUGUCUUUUUCAAGGGCUGGGCCAAAUGGUUGCACCUGAGAUCACCCAGCUCUCCGCGGAGUUCGUGGUUGUGAUCGAGAGCCUGAACAUCCGGACGCCGCUGCAAAUGCAGGUUCUCAUCUCCCUCGGCGCUGCGACGCUCACCGAGUUCACGCCCAACGAUGCAGCCGCCACUAUGCUGCUGCCAGUCGUGAUCUCCUUGGCAUGCAAGCUCAGGCUGAACCCUUUGUUCCUGGUGUUCCCGGUAUGCCUGUCGGUGACGCAGGCAUGCAUCUUUCCAGCUUCCUCCUCGGUGAUCGCCAUCAUCUGCGAUGAGGGACACGUCACCACUAAGGACUUGAGUGUGCGCAAGGAACCGCUGACCACAUACCAGUGCUAUCGUAACGGCAGCAGUCUGGAAGACGCGUCGGCCAUCAAGCUGAGCGUCUUGUGGAACGGUAAAGGACUUCCCGACAACAAGGUCGAAUGCAUCGUCUCCUUCAGUUUGCCCGACAGCGAAGGAAAGAAAACGUUUCACGCAUCCGCGGAGUACGUGCCUCAAAAGGACUACAUCUUACUAGCCGCUGGUGAAAAGAGCGUGAACAUGUACAUCCCCCAGGAGCCGUACAAUGGCAAAGCCUAUAUCUUCAAGCAUGUUGAGACCUCGACCGGCGACGAAAGCUACAAGAUUUACGACACCAGCGCGUCUUGCGAGAACGCGCAUGCCUUGCGCAAAAUUGUCUGUCCUGAACCGUGCACCCUGCAGAGUACGGCGCAAUAAAUCUUUUCCCUUGCACCGCCGCUGCCGCCGGAGCACGGGCAGU